GAUACCAACGCUUUCUAUUUGCGGAAUUAUUUUUUUUUUUUGUAAAAUGGAAGUACAAGAUAUUUGUCGAGUUUGCCUAAGCAGCACUGUUACCUUGGUAGACAUAUUUACCAAGCGCCAGCAGCUAGGUAAUAAUUCUGGAGCAAUCCCGACCUUGGCGCAUAUGAUAACUGAAUGUGCCAAUUGCAAAGUUGAGCUCGACGAUGCUCUGCCCCAGCAAAUAUGCCUGGGCUGUGUGCUAAGUGCUCAAAACGCAUUCCAAUUCAAGCGACUUUGUGAGCGCAGCUAUCAGCAGUUAGUAACAAAACAUUUGGAGCAACUGGAACAAAUUAAACAGGAAGCGACGGAUCUAGAGUGUAUUGAAAUAUGCUCUAACGAUGCCGAGACUCUUAAAGAAGAAGCUGACAAGCAGACUAAUGUUGCUGAUAUAUUAUCAGAUGAGGAGCUAAUCACACCAGAUGAGACUUUUGUGGCCGAGUUGAUGGAAUGUAGCGAACGCGAGGGAAGUCCAAAAGAAUUGAGCUCAUACAGCGAUGAAUCACCUACCAGCUUUAAAUCAAAAAACAAGCCUGUCAUAAAGAAACUAGGACAUGUAACAAAGUGUCCCCAUUGUCCUAAAAGUUUUAUGAAAACUGCCAUUUUAAAGAGGCACAUACGCAUCCACACGGGCGAACGCCCCUAUCAUUGUAGUCAGUGCGCCGAGUCAUUUGCAAGAACUGAUAAACUAAAACUUCAUCUUGAAAGAAUUCACGGUGGCGAAGUUGCUAAGAGCAAGGGGAUGAAAGGUCCAGAUCCACUAGAGUACAAAUUCAAAUGCAAAAAAUGUACAGCCACAUUUAAGUCACAGAAAUGGCUUUCUAAUCAUACAAAAAUUCAUCCUGAGGAGUCCAAUGAUAAGGAAAAUAAAGAAAAAUACAAAUUUAAUUGUAAGCUUUGCAACAAAAAAUUCAAAGCUGAGUUUCUUUUUAAACUUCAUGAAAAAUGGCACUCAAAAACCCCAAGUAAACCAAAAACCGAUGAGCCUAAGGUUCGUUGCCCCAAAUGUCCAGAAUCAUUUAAAAAAGAUACCCAGCUCAAGAGGCACAUGGAACUGCACGACAGCAGUCGUCGAUUCGAAUGUACACAGUGCCACUUACGAUUUAUUCAACCACAUCACCUAACUAGGCACAAGCUGAUCCACGCCAGAAGACGCUCAUAGGUGGCCUUGUAUUGUUUGUAACUUCACGUUAAGGAAUCUAUAAGAGCCGAUCUCCAUUUAUUAUUCGUUUGACAUUAUUUUAGUGUAGCGUAACUUAGAAAUAAGAUAACGACUAUAUAAUAUCCAUGUGUAUGUACCUUUAGUUAAAGAAAAUUGUACAGCGUAAGAAAAAAUGCUGUUUAUAAUAGUAUUUGAAUUCAAAAGUUAAUAAGUUAUUAUCGGAGAGCAAGUGUGCAUUGUUCGUUCUAAUGAAGUUAGUUCCAUGUUCGGAACUGGUACAGAACGCAAAAUACUUUUUAUAACAUUGAAGUAGAAAAAGUAGUAUUAAGUACAACAUAUUCGUAGUAUUAAGUAAAAUAUAAAAUAUUUGAAA